GUGGAGAGGGGCUGGUUUAAAUAGAGAGGCAGCUGCAGCGGUGCUCUUAUGAGAUCCGUCAGGAGUCAGUCUAUCACUCUCACUCGCUCCGGCAGCUGUUGCGCGCAUCCGUGCCGGGAAACGACCGCUUUUUGGGCAUUAUCUUGCGGAAAGAUUCGUCUCUACGUAUCGUAACAAUUCUUUACUUUUCUUAGACAAACCGACUUGUAGCGUUAAAUUGGGGCGUCUACUGAAGCGUAAAGAGACCCACACCUGUUCGCUCGGCAAGGUGCGCUUUUAUUUGUGAUGCUGUCAUUAUUGUCGUUUAAUGCGUUAUUUUGCUAACUGGUGUAGCGUCUUGUAUAUAUGUGUAUCUGAAAUUUUAUGACAUUUGGGGUCAAUUGAAUGCUCACCCCAUAAACUUAUUAUAUAGGCAGAUAGGGAAAGAAUAAAUACAAUUUUAAUGUUAGUAACGAAACACAAAACUCAGGUUGUUUAAUAUAACGGGACGUUUUACGCAUUCAUCUUUAUUUAAAACAAAUUUGGAGACUUUUUCGGCGUACAGAAACAUGAUGAUUAAUAUUGUCGCGGAGUUUUUCGUCGUCAUUCUGAAAGUCCUCUGGGCCAUCUUGAUGGCCGGAGUGAAGUGGAUCAUACGGCCGAAGGAGAAGAGCGUAGCCGGACAGGUGUGUCUGAUCACCGGGGCGGGCGGCGAGCUCGGGCGGCUGUACGCGAAGGAGUUCGCCCGGCAUCGGGCUACUUUGGUGCUGUGGGACAUCAAUAGCCAGAGCAAUGAAGAGACGGCGGAGGUGGUUCGGCAGAUUUACAGAGAGCAGGACAACCCGAUGACAAAAGAAGGAGCUGUUGGAGGUGUGGAAGAGGUCCCUCCUUUCCAGCCACAGGUGUACACAUAUGUGGUUGAUGUGGGGAAGAGAGAGAGCGUGUACGCCACAGCAGAGCAAGUACGCAGGGAGGUUGGUGAUGUGGACUUGUUGAUCAACAACGCCGGUGUGGUGUCCGGCCACCAUCUGCUCGAGUGUCCCGAUGAGCUGAUCGAACGGACCAUGGUGGUGAACUGCCACGCUCACUUCUGGACCACCAAGGCGUUUCUUCCCAAGAUGCUAGAGAUGAACCAUGGCCACAUUGUGACGGUUGCCAGUUCGCUGGGUCUGUUCAGCACAGCUGGUGUGGAGGAUUACUGCGCUAGCAAGUUUGGUGCCAUCGGCUUCCACGAGUCCCUGAGUCACGAGAUCAAGGCUUCGGAGAAGGACGGUAUCAAGAUGACUCUGGUUUGUCCUUACCUGGUGGACGCUGGCAUGUUCAAAGGUUGCAGAAUAAGGAAAGAGAUCGAGCCAUUUCUCCCUCCACUGAGGCCAGAGUUCUGCGUGAAACAGGCCAUGAGAGCCAUCCUGACAGACCAGCCCAUGAUCUGCACGCCACGCAUCAUAUACAUGGUCAACUUUAUGAAAAGCAUUUUGCCGUUCGAAGCAAUCGUGUGCAUGUACAGGUUCCUGGGAGCGGAUAAGUGCAUGUACCCCUUCUUGGCGAAAAGGAAGGAAGCGAUGAACAACAACGAGGCUAAGAACGGGAUCUAGACGGCGCUGUUUUUAAGCUCCAGAAGGGGCGCGAUUUUGAGGCACGUGCGGAUAAGACCACUGAGAUUGAAGCGAGAUGGAUAAAGACUGAGUUUAGACUGGUGCACUUGCAUUUGGCAGAUGCAAAGGUUUACCAUAUUGUUCCUCUGGAACAAAGAAAGCUGUGUACUACACUAAGGAUUUAUUUGUCGUUUUUUUUUUUUGUUCUGAAGGUUUGUUUAAAGAAACCGUUCAUCUAUAUUCUGUGUCAAUAGUUUUGAAAUCAUACAUGAGAUAUUCAGUAAUUAACUAUUUACGUAAUGUAGUCACCAGCAUUAUCUAGUGUCUUCGUGAAAAUAUACAGUAUGUUACUGUACGAACAGUAAAAUCGUGUCACUUUUUUUGUUUUGUGUGUAGACAUGCACUGUAUUUACUUUCUUCUACACUGCCAGCAUUAUCUAAACAGUUCAGUGUGGUACUUUGCCAUUUAGAUCCCCAGUUUGGUUAAAGACAACAGAAGAUCAUGUACUAGAUAAGGGUCCAAUGAUAAACCGUGUGAUGACUGGUUAUCGUCCAUUCUUCUAAAGAUGACCAAUUGUAUUUUCUGAUUCCAACUGUGUUGAAGGUCAUUUAUCAGAAAAGGUUUCAGUGAUAUGUGACCUAAAGAUGCGCAUCUGUCGCACAUUCUUCCAAAACAUUUUAUCUCCUAGAUUGUUGACAUCACCAACUCAAGCCAUGUUUAGUUUGUGUAUGGGAUUCUGAAGGAACAUCCGGAUUUUCUGUUACCGAAUGCUAUACUUAGUUUAUGUGAUCCAUUUUUAACUUUUGCAUCAACAGGCAAUGACUUGGAUUAUGCAUAUAUUUGGGGGAGACUGGUUUAGAAAUGGGAAUGACUCAUGUAAAAAAUGCUAAGCAUUUUAAUGUAACACUCAUUACACAUCAUCCAGUUAAAUUGUCUGUAUUGUCAUUUUGUGUAUGCAAACCUAGUUGAUUGUUGAAAAAGACAUCACAGAUAUAUAUUUGGAUACUUUGUAUGUAUGUAAAGAAAAGACGAAAGACAUGAGUUUAAACUACAUUCCAACAGGCUUCACCGACUGCGAUGACCCUAAAUCUCUACCUCUUCACUUUUGCCAUUUGUUUAACAGUAUGACAUAAAUACGCUUUUUGUAACUUUCCUAAAGACUGCUCUAUAGAGGAGCACAAGAUGUGACUCCAAUGUUUAGUGUCUCUACCUAACUUAAAUUAAUAAAAUGAUUUAGAUUA